CUGAUGUGACGAGGGAAGUAGUUGCAAUCUUCUUCUAUUUCUUAGAGCAAUUUAAGAGUAGAUGUUAGAUUUUAAAGAAAGGAAGCUAUAAUGGCAAACGUCGAUAAGUUGGCCAGGGCGUUUGAUGCCCUGAAAACUCAUCAGCAGGGAGGAAUUGGUGACGAUAGCGGCCAAAGGAAGAACAACACGACUCUGAGUAAGAAAGAUAGAAUAUCUCACUGUACAACGAUAGCAGAUGGGAUAUGUGCUGCAUCAUUCAGAGCUGUUGCGGAUUUCCCCAAGUUCUUGGGAAUUGCGAUGGAGUUGUUCUUUGCAGCAUGUAAUGAUGAGGAGUCAGAUGUAAGACUCAAAGCAGAUGAGUGUCUUAAUAAGUGCAUUAAGGUUUCAAUGGAUGGUAAUUUGGGGCGUGUUCAGUUGGAGUUGUACAAAGAAAUUAAAAAGAAUGGGUCAUCACGUAGCCUGCGUGCAGCGAUGUGGCGCUUUGCAGAUAUGGCACACCUCAUCAGACCCCAAAAGUGUCGCCCCUAUGUUAUCAAUCUGCUUCCUUGUAUUCCAAAGAUCUCCAGAAGACAAGAUGAUUCUGUCCAGGAGUCACUCACUAUUUUCAUGCAGAAAGUUCUUCCAGUUCUAGGUUCCUUCCUGACAGAUACUGAAGUAAAGAAUCUCAUGAAGGUUUUUUACCCCAAUGUGAAGCAUCAAUCCGCAGCAACACGACGUACAGCAGCUAGCUGCCUUACUCUGAUAUGUCAUCAUGGACGUAAACCAGCUAUGUACUUCUCAAUGCUUGUCAAGACCUUACUCAUGUUUGUAACCCCAGUCAAGGAAGAUCGCCAUAUCCAAAUGUUGCUGGGGGUACUCUUAUGCUUUCGUCAUGUCAUGCCUCAUCUGGCCACACAAGAGGUUAAAGAACUUGGGUUAAAGGGCAGCUUUGGGGUCACCAAGAAAGAAGAAGAGGGAGGAGUGACAUCUGAACAGCUACAGCAGAUCUAUGAGUUUCUACUGUACUGUACCCAACACUCGGACCAUAAUGUUGUUACAGCAACUCUGGAAACCUUACAACAACUGCUACGCACCCCUCCUCCACCGCUCCAUAAACUACUACUAACUAGAGGGGGCAUUACACAUAAGACUGUAUUUGAAGAAGACGAUGGGAAAUCACCAGAAGACACAGAAGAUUCAACUGGGGGAAGUCAGGUUCCGAGCUUGUUUGGUGCAGAUUCUGGUCUAGAUGAAGACCCAGACACAGCAAGUUUAGCAACAAGUAGCUCAAUAGCAGGAGAUAUAACAUCAACUACCAGUACAUCUGAUACAGGGAUAGACUCCGAGGCAGCUGUCAGUACUAUGCUUGCUAAUCUUCCUGAAGUACCUUUACCUUCAGGAGGAGAGGCUGGGUAUCCUGAAUCCCUGAUAGAUGAUGCAGAGGUCGUAGUCAAUGACAAUGAAGGAGAGUAUUCUAAUGUUGCUAUUGGUGACAUUGAUGAAGACUCUAGUAACCAGGAGGCAAUUGGUUAUCUAGGUGAUCAGAUGAGACAGAUGUCUAUUGACAGGCUUGAUGUAGAGGUAGGACUUGAUGCCAGGAGGGCAGGUGGUGCUGAUUUAUUAAGGGUUGAGGAGAUGGACUUACAAGAUGAUACAAGCAGGGAGGACUCUUCAACCAAGAACUCCCCCACUACUGAAGUUAAGACCAAAAAGGGUGAUAUAGGUUGUUAUACAGACGAUGACUACCCUAUUACCCACUGUGUACGGCUGCUGUGUUCAACCUACUUAUUAACAGGCUACAGUGGUGGUACCAUACCUGAUAGACGUGUUAGAAUCAGUGCUAAGGCCUUGGCCCUUAGCUGCAUUGCACAUAUGGUAGGACUCCACCCGAGACUGUUUUUUGCACGUCUUUUCAAAUCAGAUGUGUCAGAAUCACCAGAGGAUGAACAGUUGAUUCGUGAUGUCUUGGUCUACAUGACUCACAGUGAUCAUCAACUACGUGCCCAGACCACACUUCUAGUGGGCCACCUCAUCAAAUCUUCCCUGAUUGAAUCCGACUAUGACUUCACGAGUUGGUGUUGGGACCUUUGCCAAGAUCAUCUUCUGACUGAUCCAAUGAGUCUUGACUACUUGGUAUCAUUGCUGUCCUCUUCACUCAGAGAUGAAUCAUCUGUCACAGUAAGAAGUGCUUGUCAUGCCAUUAAGCUCUGCCUAUUUGAUCUAUGCAAGAGUCACCAUGGUAACCUUGGGCUUCAGUUGACUUAUGAUCUACUAGAACUCAACAAGUGUUCCUAUUGGUUGGUACAAGUGGAGCUAUUGGAUCUACUCAGCUACACAGAUUUCAAACUGAUGCAGUUUUUAGAAAACAGACAACAACAAUGGGCACAACCAACGAACCUGACAAAGUUAAAAAGUGUGCAGGAUUCUGUCUUGACUGAUGUUGUGCUUCAGUUCCUUGGAAGUCAUGAUGUACGAGUCAGACACGCUGCAGCAGAGGCUGUGGUCAAAUUGAUCCCAAGGCUGUUCUAUCCUGUGGACUACCCACACCAGGAGCCAUUGACAGCAUUAGCUAAAGAUCAAGUCACUCAGUAUUUAGAUCCUGUCAUUGGGGAAGCUGUGCACUAUUCACAGGCCCAGACUACUGCUAUGAGUGAGAUCGUCAUAUUCAACAGUGGCCCAGAGGGAGGAAGAGUUACUAUUGACUCGGCGUUGUCUAGAAUCGUUGAUUUUAUUGUCAAGACAAUGAACACUUCUUCUUCCAAGUUCUCCAGGUUCGGCUGUUGCCAUGCUCUAUGUCAGCUCUCCAUGACUUAUUCUGUUAUUGCUCAUCCAACGGCAUGGAGUUGUGCAAUGUGUCUUUCACCGCUCACUAAAGAUGGCUCAUUGAAAUCUGCUGGACGUGUGAGGAAUGCAGCAGGAAGCUUUGGUAGUCAAGGAGCACCAGUAGGAUUAGAGGAGAUGAGUAAUGGAUCAGGAUGUGGUACUCUACCUCUCAUUCUGUCUACAUUGACAUCUUCAUUACUCCUAUUGGACCUUACAGCCCACCAAGAUGCUCUUCAUGUAGCUGGCAACAUCCUUAUUGGAGUUGCCUACCACUCAUUGAAGGCUGGCAUAUCCAGCAAACCCCCCACUGUAAACCAAUCUACCCAAGGAGAAGAGGAGAGUUGGUCAUGCCUACAGAAUCGCUUAUUGGUACCUCUAGCUGCCCAGCUAAUGCAGCAUGUAGCCAGAGUUCUCUGCUUAUGUGCUCAUGUCAUUGAAGGAACACAGCCUGGUCCUCCAAAAUCACAGACUACACUUCCAUCCUUACCUGCUGGACCUUCAUUGAGUCCCAUUAAGAGAAGAGCUAAAGGAAGAGAUAAAGACACUGUAGAUCCGGGUAACACUUCACCCAACACACAGAUUAAAUCUCAAACGGACAAAUUGGACAAUACUGAGGAGAAAAAAAGUCCCAAGUCAACAUACGGUGCCUUUUAUCAACUACCUCACUAUAUGAAACUCUAUGAAGUGAUGAAGUCAGCAUUCAACAACUACAGGGUGACUCUAGACUUCAGUAGAACCGACAAGUUUGCCGGAUUGUUAAAGACAAGCCUGGACAGUUUUUCUCAGCUUCUAGAGAUUGCAACCAUGAGUGAAGUUGGGAAGUACACAGAGGAGCUGCUUAGUUAUAUGAAGUCUUGCUUCACCAUUGAACCUACAUCAACAAUCCUUUGUGUGGAACAGUUGUUAAAAGCUUUGUUCUUCACCAACAUGGCGAGCUCAGCUGAGAUUCCAUCUCCUCAGGUUGCUCGUAAACCUGGUAAGGCUACUCGUCUGACCUCCAACAUGAAGCCUGGCUUGUACCAUGACUGCUUUGAAGCUCCUUACACUCAAUACACCCAAUCUCUAAAUCAGUUAGGACCCAAGAUGAGUACUACUCCUGAGACUGAAGGAGGCAAUGCUGGGUUGUUUGGUUGGAUGAAGUCUAAGAUUGAUAGAAAGGGCAUUCUGGGAAAAGUGAGCGGCAAAGAAAAGUCGUCUGUGCACUCCUACAUACGUCUAUUUGAGCCAUUAGUUAUCAGGGCUCUGAAGCAGUAUACGAUCACCAGUAGUAUUCCCUUACAACAGCAGGUACUGCACCUCUUGGCACAACUUGUACAACUCAGGGUGAAUUACUGCUUACUGGAUUCAGACCAGAUAUUUAUCAACUUCGUUGUUAAGCAGUUUGAGUAUGUAGAAGAGGGACAGAUAAAGGAUUACGACACUCUAAUACCACACAUCUUCCACUUCCUGGUGCUGUUAUCCUAUGAGCGUUACCAUAGCAAAGCAGUCAUUGCAAUGCCCAAAAUUAUACAACUCUGUGAUGGAAUUAUGGCAAGUGGGCAGCAGGCAACUACGCAUGCUGUGCCAGCUUUGAAGCCAUUAGUUCAUGAUCUGUUUGUGCUACGAGCUUCUAGUAAGUCUGACUCUACUAGGGAGCUAGACACUCAGAGAGAAGUAGUAGUCUCCAUGCUGCUAAGACUCAUCCACUUCCAUCAGGCUCUAGAAAUGUUUAUUCCUGUCCUUCUACAAGCCCAUCGUGAAAGUGAAGACAAAUGGAAGAAGCUUUCUCGUCAGGUGGUGGACAUGAUUCUACCCCUUCUUGCAAGGCAACAGAUAAACCUUGAUUCCUUGGAGGCCAUAGAUACCCUUCAUCAUCUUUUUGGAGUUGUAGCUCCUAGUGCUCUACGACCGGUGGAUAUACUCCUUAAAUCACUUCUCCUUGUACCGUAUGAAACAGGUCACCCUACCCUGAAGCAGCGCUGGCUGGGUAUGGCCCUGGCUAUUCUCAAUGUCCUGAUCUCUCAAUCCAAAGAAGAGACUGUUUUAUCUCGACUUAGAGAGCUUGGUCUUACCACAGACCUCUUUGUCUGCCCACUGGAGGAUGAAAGAAGUAAAGAAGAGGACAUCGUUAAUGCGAACGUCUUACCUCCUGAAGAAGUAUUGGCAAGGUUUUUACUUCAAGUGAUUGGGUUCACAGUUACUAUAAAGAACCCGGUAAAUGGAUCCUCAAUGCAAACAAACCCCAAUGAUAUCUUCAUCUAUCAGGAGUUAUCUCAUCUCUUGCUCUACUUAGCACACAUGUUCAAAUCAGGAGCCUUUAGGAAGGUAGCGUCUUCCAUGAUGAUCAUGAUACGAAACUCCAGGAAGACAUGUUGGUUUACUCUAGAUCAACUCAACUGUACCUUCCUACAGCUGACUACAUCCCAUCCUAUACUGGUGCUUCAGUGGUGUCAGGUUCUUCUUCUUUUGAACUACAGUGAUCAGGACUUUUGGUCAGUGAUUCUACAGACCCCCAAGAGGCAACCACUGUCCAAGUCCUUGUCUAGUGGUAGUCUGGACAAUCUAGAGACUAAUCACCAUGACCAUUCUAAAGGUUGUCCUGAAGAGGUAGCUCGGCGUGGGGGUUUGGUGCUCUACUGUGACUAUGUGUGUGAGAAUCAAGCUGAUGCUGAACCCUUAACAUGGCUGGUAGUCAACCACAUCAAUGAAAUUAUACAGCUAUUUCAUGAACCACCUGUGCAAGAUGUUAUCAGUGCAAUCCAUCGUAAUUCUGCUGCUAGUGGUCUGUUCCUGCGAGCUGUUAAUCUGAGAUUUGUUCAUUUCUCUCAUCCCUGUCUGGUUAAACUUACUCUACAGUGUCUUCAAGGCAUACAUCUCAGCCAAUCAGGUGUUCUACUCACAAUACUCAUUGAGCGUUUCCUCAACACUCACCAACUGGCUAUUGCUCGUCUGUGUGACUCCAUUGCAUGUAGGAGGGUUGAAAUGUUACUAGCAGGUGGUCUACAUGAAAGUGCUGCUCAGCUAUCAGCAGAAGAACUGUGCAAACUGGAAGAGUAUAUGACUUCACAUAAGCUGUCUCAAAGACAUCCUAGGUUAAGCUCUCUACUGACACGGUUUAAGACUGCAAUCUCACACCAGGAUAGCACAGCCUCUCCCUCAACCAACAGACCCUACACAGAUCUUACAUCAGUAAUUCCUAAUAAGGAAUGGUUUCUGUCGGUGGUCCAACAAGGUUGUUUUGGUCAAACAACUGCCUCAGCAAGAGAGUGUUCGCUACUUCUAGCUUAUUUACCAUAUGAGGACAUACUAGCCACUAUGAUGACAGAGGAAUUCAGUUACCCUCUUCUAGAAGACUGCUUCCUCGUUGGAUUACAGCGGACGAGAUCCCUACAUCCCCAAGACUACAAAGGUUGUGCUACUGUUCCUCCUGAAUCACAAGGAUCUACCAAGAAGGAAGCUCCAUUGGAUCCAAUGCUACAGGCUUCUUGUAAUACUCUCCUGAGUCAUGUUCAUACUCUCAUCUCAAUUAUGCCAUCAGGACAUAAGAUCUUAAGGAUGGAUUCCAGGCUAGAUUCAGACAGGACACAAAGGGGUCGAUUGACAUCUUUAAUGCAAGAUGGAGAAUGGAGCCAUCGAGUACAUGAGUUAGCCUCAGCAUUGGUUAAAUACCUGAGUGCUAUGAGAUUACUAGGAAUGGUCAUACCUAGUCAUGCUGAAAUAGAUAUAGCUAGAUUAGCAGUCACAUGUCUGGAGGUAACUUGCUGGGCAUUGACCCAUCGAUUAAACGUCUCAUCUCAGAAUGUAGUCUUAGCAUUGGAAUGUAUGUCAGCCUGCCUACAAAACCAGCAACUCUUCACUGUGAUAGGCUCAACAGAUCACAUGACAUGGGUAUGCUCUGCCAUUGGCUGUGUUCAUCAGAUCGUCAAAAAAGUGAACCCCCAAAGGAAGCCGUUUUCCUCAGUUGAUGUUAUAGUUGAGCAGCAGAGUACAUUAAAAGAACAUCAAGAUAUGCAGACUGCCUGUCAACAGAUUUCAGAACUUCUAAUCAGCUUUCAGUACUCACCAACCUCCAAUGGAUACAACUCCCUUGAGCCUCUCCCGCAGUUCCUGAGAAAGCCCUUAAGGAAUGUAGUGAUCAGUCUGGCCAGGUUGCCCUUGGUCAAUAGCUAUGCACGUACUCCUCCAUAUGCCUGCAAGCUGGGUUGGACUCCCAGUCCUAGGGAAGGGUCAGUUGAGAUGCCACCACUGCCCAUGGAAUACCUUAAGGAAAAGGAAGUCUUGAAGGAGUUUGUCAUCAGGACUAAUGCCAUCGGUUGGACAUCUAGACAGCAAUUUGAAGAGACCUGGGCAGGGUUAUUGGGAGUGUUUACAGCUCCUGUCAUCGCAGAGGACAUAGCUCCAGAGGAGGAAAUUGAGCACAGUCAGUCCAUCUGUCUUGCAGUUCGUACCAUAUCCUCCCUGCUAGUCAACAGUAUGCUCCGCCCUCAGCCUGGUAACCCUACUAACAGCAGCUAUCAGCAAAUACCUCGACAUGGCCAUAAAGUCCUGCCAUUCCUCAAAACACCCAAAGGAAAGAAGUUAUUGGCGCUACGCUGGGUGGUACAAAGGGAAAUCCAGGCAAUGGCUUCUAAAACAGUGAAUGCAUCCAUCCAGAGGCCUGUUAAUGAGUUGGAUAACAUGGCUGAUAUGUACAUGAAUAACCUAGAACAAGAAUGUGACUCAACAAACUUUGAUUUGGCAAGGAUAUCUGUACAUGGCAUCUGGGCUAUUAACAACAUGCUUCCUCCAAUGGUGGAUGAAGAGGCUGAAAUACUAGAUGAGAAUGGUGAAGUAACUAGACCAAUCCGUACUUCACCUGUCAGAGUGCCUGGUAACUUGGAUGUCCAUUCCUGUCUGAUGUUCCUAGAGGGCUUGUAUGGUCAGUGGUUAUCACCAAUGGCUGUCCCACGGACACCACUUAUGCUGAUAUGUGAGACUGUCAAAUCGGUGUUAGUGAUAUCCGAUGUGUUUACACAGCGAGGUCAGUAUGAGUGGAUGUUUGAUACACUCCUUGAAGUGAAUAAGAAUCAUCCGGUAGAAGAUGAACUUGUUACUCAAUAUGCUGUGCCUGGAAUAUGUAAAGCUGCAGCCAUCCUAGGCCUGGAGAAGGACUUGUCUGAGAAGGUGAGUAAGCUUCUUGAAGUGACACUACGUAGUACUCAUCUACCUAGCCGUGUAGGUGCCUUGUAUGGAGCCCUCUACAUUCUAGAGUCAGAUGCUGUGGAAGAAAUCAAUGUCUUUAUUCCAGUGGUAUCUGAUUAUGUGGCACGGAACCUUCACUACAACUCACAUUGCAGUAGUCUUGCAAGUCAACGACACACUUUGGCUAUGUUAACGAUAGCCUUCUACGUCAUUGAGUAUUAUUACAACUACAUAAAAAGUACUGACUUCACAAGGGCCAUAAUGCAGAGUUGUAUAUCAAUGGCAUCAAUGAGUGAUGGAGCUACUUCACCUAGUGUCUACCAAGCUAUCAUGAGAGGAUUAGAACGAUUACUCCUCUCUGGUUUACUCUCAACUCAAGAGGCUGAAGUACUCACCAAGCUCAGUAUGGACAGGUUGUGCAUGCCAUCUCCUCUUCAUGCUAUGUCAGCAUUGGGAUUACUGUUAACCAGUAUGUACACUCAGAAGGACAAACAAACUCAAGGAACCGACUACCAAUCAGAAAGAGAAUGUGAAUCACAUGACCCUGAGAGUCAGGUCAUGGCGAUGGAAAGGAUUUCAGUUUUGUUUGAUAGAAUCCGUAAGGGUUACCCCAGUGAGGCUCGUGCUGUGGCUCAGAUUCUACCGGCAUGUGUCAGUGAUUUCUUCUCAUUACAAGAUGUUAUGAAUAAAGUGAUAGGAGAGUUCCUGUCCAAUCAGCAACCUCACCCCCAGCUCAUGGCUACUGUGGUCUUCAAGGUGUUUGGUAGUCUCCAUAGUCAGGGCCAGCCACAAGGAGUACGAGACUGGGUUAUGCUGUCCCUCUCUAACUUCACACAGCGUACACCAGUUGCCAUGGCAAUAUGGAGUUUAACCUGCUUUUUCAUCAGUGCUUCUACCAACCCAUGGAUUCGAGCUCUAUUACCUCACAUUGUAGGCAGAAUGGGACGUCUGGAGGCAAUUGACAAGAAAUACUUCCUGGUGGUUGCCAAGGACUUCUACACUAAUCAGGUGACUGAAGAAUCCAGUAAACGAGCCUUCAUGUCAACAUUCCAGUCUGCUGCUACAACAUCUACUGAUCCUGUCUAUGCACAACUUAUUGGGUGUCUGUAAAGACCACAGCUUUACAAUCAUUUACAGAUAUCCAGCUUCCACAAAAACCAAGCCUGUUUUCACAAGGUACUGUACAGUAUUUGUGAAAUUUACAUUCAGAAGUUGUUGUUUUAGUUUAGACCUGUCCUCAUAUGCUGGGAUCGGCUGAUUGGAUUGAUACUUCUAUUUCUCAUCCCUUGUUUUUUUUUAUUUGGCCGUCUGGUUCUUUAAUCAUUGCUAAGAUGUGUAAUCUGUAAUGAACGGAUUAAAAAAAUUUUAUAAAUAAGGUUUGAUAUUUUUUUUUUCCAGUACAAAUUCAAUGCAUUGUGAAAGUCACAAGAUACAUGCGGAUAUAACACAAUGAUGUUUUGAAACCUGGUUUUUAUUCAUAUAUUAUAAAGUCAUUAUUUGGAAUGGAUGUACAUUGUGACCAAAUUGUGAUCCAACACUAUAUACUGUUCCAUGUUAGCCCAAACAUGCAAGUGCUGUACGCUGCCGGUGGCUGUGCCACCAUUGGUGGGUCACAGCGCAAUGUUUUGUACAAUAAUACGUAAAAUCAUUGUCUUUUGGCUCUUGACGUGAAAUAGGUGUCUAUUUCAUCGAUUUACACAAUUUUCGUGACAGGCCAUUAUGAUGUAUAGAACACUGACUAUAGUUAUUCGGUGCGUUCGAUUAGCUUCCCUAGGUCGACCCCGAGCUCACUCAGCUGAGCCCCUGACAAGUGCUAAUCGAACGAUCAUGCUCGCCCUCUCGUGGUGAUGCCAUGCAUCUCGGGUCACCCCCAAGUGACCCACUC